ACAAAUGCUGCUUAAAAUUUUUUCCAAAACAUAUGGGACACACCCAAGAUGUUGGAAGAACAUUUCUGCAUGGGAACGAGAGGGCAGAGUUGGCAGGACGGCUGUCACAGGGUGUUCCUGUUGGACGAGUCUUACAAGAUGUCCGAAGUGCACCAAUCGCUGCAAGUGUGGAGAGAAUCCAUCUCCUUGAGAAAAAAGAUUUGCAUAAUAUAAAAAGGGAUUUUGAUAUUGGUUAUGCAACGAAGAAGCAUGAAAAUGAUGCAGUGAGUGUGAAAUUGUGGGUUGAAGAAAUGAAGAGACAAAGUGACAACCCAGUACUGUAUUUCAAGCAGCAGAAACAAGUGGAUCCUAAUUUUCAAGAUGAAGACUUCAUUCUUAUUAUAAUGACAGACUUUCAGGCCGAACAACUUCUAAAGUAUGGAGAAGAUAAAAUAUGUGUGGAUGGCACUCAUGGCAUGACUGCAUACGAUUUUCAACUUUUUACUAUUGUCGUUGUUGAUAGAUAUGGUGCUGGAAUGCCAGUUGCAUUUUGUUUUUCAAAUAGGGGAGACAUGUGCUUACUGUCUUUUUAUUUCAAAUGUGUGAGAGAAAGGGUGGGCACUGUAAAGACCAAUGUGUUUAUGUCUGACGAUGCACCAGCAUUUUAUAAUGCAUGGUCAGCAGUAAUGGGACCUGUGCCAAACCAGUUGCUGUGUUCUUGGCAUAUACAACGGAACUGGUCUCAGAAUUUAAGGAGAAUUUCUGGGGGGUAG